AGAAAAAGAAGAAUUUAUAAGGUUAUGGUAUUUUCAUUUAUAACAGACGCCGACCUAACGUUAUUAAUAUUUUUUAAACAGAUACUGAUAAUUUCUCAACUAAAAUGAAACUAGUAAGGUUUCUGAUGAAGUUGAGCCAUGAAACGGUCACAAUGGAGCUCAAAAACGGUACACAAGUACACGGCACGAUCACAGGCGUAGACGUAGCGAUGAAUACGCAUUUAAAAGCCGUUAAGGUAACUGUCAAGAACCGAAAUCCAGUCACAUUAGAUACACUCACAGUCAGAGGCAACAACAUAAGAUAUUACAUCCUACCAGACAGUCUGCCCUUAGAGACUCUCCUCAUCGACGACACUCCCAAAGCCAAAGCGAAAAAGAAGGAGUCCGCAAGAGGCGCCGCCAGAGGUAGAGGAAGAGGCAGAGGCCGCGGUGGCCCCCGAGGCAGGGGCAGAGGAAGAGGACGCAGAUAGAUUAUCUACUAACUAUUUUGUAUUUUUUUUUUCUAAGAACUCUAGAAGUAACGUUUAAUUUUCUUUCCGAUCAAGUUUGCCGUACGUUGUACGAUGUCUUGUAUCCUUCAGGUAUUUGAUUAAUAAAAGUGUCACUCGAUA